AUGUUACAAUUCGUCUUGCUGGCCAUAUGGGGUCUUUUGGCAUCGGCCUCACCCACUCCGGAACGACGACAGGCCAACACGUUAUCUGCCUUUAUUGCCCAAGAACGUCCCACAGCUCUUGAGGGGGCACUCGCCAACAUUGGUGGACUGAACUCAAGCUGGGUUGAGGGUGCCAGUCCCGGUGUCGUUGUAGCAUCACCUUCAACAGUCAACCCCAACUAUUUCUUCACAUGGACUCGAGACUCUGCUCUCACCUAUAUGAUGAUCAUCGAUGAGUUGAUCUUUGGGAACCGAUCUCUCCGUACCACCAUCGAAGAUUACACCAAAGCACAGGCAAUUCUCCAGACAGUUACCAAUCCCUCAGGGUCUCUAUGGCCUGCUGGUGAUGGGCUUGGAGAGGCCAAGUAUUACAGCAACUUGACCAGCUUUGAUGGUACUUGGGGUCGUCCACAACGAGAUGGGCCAGCAUUGAGGGCAAUCGCAUUUAUGAAUCUGGCUCCCGUCCUCAUCGGCUUGAAUGAGACCCAGGAGUACAAAGAGAUCUACUGGCCAUUGGUGCUCAAUGAUCUCAAGUAUGUUGGGCAAUACUGGAACCAGACAGGCUACGACCUCUGGGAGGAGGUACACGGCUCGUCCUUCUUCACACUUUCCGCACAACACCGUGCUUUGGUCCAAGGCGGAUUCCUUGCCAAAGAACUUGAUGAAGAGUGUCUUGCGUGCGAACAGGCAUCCCAAGUUCUAUGCUUUCUCGAACACAACUUCUGGAAUGAAACUGGCGGCUACCUGACUGCAGACGUGAAUGUCAAUAACGUCAACCGCAGUGGCAUUAACGCUGAUCCAAUCCUGGCGGCCAUCACGAACUUCGACAUUAACGCCACUUGUGAUGCGAGUCACACACAACCCUGCAAUUCCCGCAUGCUCGCAACCCACAAAGUAGUCGUCGACAGCUUCCGCAACCUCUACCCGAUCAACAAAAACGCAUCUGCGCCCGACGCCGUCCUCAUCGGUCGGUACCCCGAAGACACAUACUUUGGCGGAGGAGCAUGGCCCCUGUGCACACUCGGUGCGGCCGAACUGCUCUACGAUGCCGUCGCACAGAUCAACCGGACAGGGACAUUGAGCAUCGACGACGACAGCCUGGGAUUCUUUCGGGACAUCUACCCCAGCGCCAACGUCAGCAACUAUACCGGGACAGUCAUGGAAGACAUCCUUUCUGCAAUGACCACCUACGCAGAUGGAUUCGUGUCAGCCGUACAGGAAUACACCCCCGCGAACGGCAGCCUAAGCGAGCAAUUCAACCGAACCAACGGCGAGAGCACCUCGGCCUCAAAACUAACCUGGUCGUUCGCCUCCUUCGUAACGAUGGCGCAACGAAAAGCAGGACAAUACCCCCACAGCUGGGGCGCCUGGACCCCCUCCGCCAACACGGGGCUCAACAGCACCCAAUGCAACGGAACGUCACACAACAGCACGGGCAGCUACACGGCCGCCGUCGGGGCCGGCGCACCCAACAUCACGACCUCGUGCUUCAGCGAAGUCAUCUUCAGCGUGAACGCGACGACCGCAUUCGGGCAGAACGUGUUCCUUCUGGGCAACACGACGAAUCUCGGCAACGGCAUCAACGAACCAAGCAAAAUCAUUCUGCCAUUGAACCCCGGAAACUAUUCGAGUCGCAAUCCGCAGUGGUAUGUCGACAUCUGGCUCGCCGCCGGCGUGACCGCCGAGUAUCAGUAUGUCCUGCAGCAGAAGAACGGGACCUAUACUUUCGAGGCUGGGCCGACGAGACAUCUUACCGCGGCGGGCUGUGGGAGUGGGAGGGUUGUUCGGGUGGAUGAAGUUGCGAGAUUUCCGAGCUCGUAG